AUGAAAGCCCUGUCCGUCCGACAGCGUGCGGACUUGCUUAUUUGGAUCAUGCAGGCAUUUAGCGUGGUUGGAGUAGAUGAUUCCAUGGUUCAUGGGGUUGCCCUGAACAUCGACAGGUUGGUUGCGACUUAUGCAGGAGAAGAAAGCCUGCCACACGGCUGUUUGCCAUGCAUCUUGCUGGCCAUUGUCUGCACAGAGUUCAAAACAGAUGGCUUUAGCGACCAUCCAGACAAAGAGUGGAAGCAAAUCUUGACGCACAUGUGCAGGGGUCAGAUUCCGAUGAUUCAGAUCCUUCGCGUGGAGCUGAAAAUCCUUUCCAGGCUUCAGUAUGUGGUGGGUUUGCCGACACCUUUGACUUUCCUGCGGAGCCUGACUGCCCACUUGCGCCAGGAAGAGCAGGUAGACGCCCCAUGCAUAGCGGAAGUGGGCUUUAACAGACCCAUAAAUCCCAUGAAGGUCUUUUUCUUCUACGACUCAAAGUUUGUUCCUCUGCGUGACUACAUGGUGGCCUCCAUGGAAGCUUCUCAGCCUGCCUCGGCUUUUCAACUGCAGGAAGAUAUCCUUGAUGACCUCAAAGGAAACAAUCGUGCAGGAGGAGGCAUGCCAACCUAUUUGUACAAAUCGGCGAAGAUUUGCAAGGCCCUCGACGAGGUCGACAAAGAUGAGGUCUUUCUAUUCACAGACGUGGAUGUGCAAUACUUCCAACCAAUUCAUCAAAUCGUUGAGGACUGCAUGGUCAAUGGAACUGACAUCAUUUUUCAGAAGGAGUUUGAAGAUAUAGGAGUCAACAUCGGUUUUAUGGCCAUGAGGAACACUUCGGCAUGUCGUGGCUUUUGGGACUACGUGCAUGCUGAGAUCAGUCGGACACAAGCUUUGGACCAGCGAGUGGUAAACAAUUCGCUCUAUUCAGGUCACGCGUGUGGCGAGUUUGGCUUACGGUGGGAUCGAUGGCCUAGCAAGAUUUGGGCCUCGUCGAUGGCUUUCUCAGGGCCGCUGCCUGAAGCCAUUGCGGUGCAUCAUGCGAAUUUCUUAAUUGAUAAGGCCCCCUCUGCAGAUCCAAUGCCAAAGUUGGAACAGUUGAAGCAGUUGGCCAGCGAAUUGCACGAGCGCAAGGAGCAGGUGCAGGCGACGGCAACCGUGAGGCCCUGGGCGACCUUCAUGGAGGCAGCAAGAGGCUGCCAAGCCAUGUUGGACUAUCGUAGCCGCCACUUUGGUGAACGUCGCCCGGGGCCCGAAUGGUCCAUGCUAGCAGAGGGCCAUGUGGCGCGGCCCGGGGGCUACAGCGAAAAGGCUGCGAAGAAGCGAGCGAAGGAAACCAUGGCACCAGAUGGCGCAGAUGGAUAA